AUGGAUGCACAAAAACUACAUGAAAAGUACGGCGACACAGUCCGUAUCGCUCCAAAUGAAGUGACGUUCACGAAUCCCGAAGCGUGGAAAGAAAUAUUCGCCAUUCGCCCCGGCAAACCCCAGCGCCCAAAGGACCAACGUCAUGUUUCUGUUGGGCCGAACCACAUCCCUAGCAUCCUUCGAACCGACGAUCUAACCCACGCCCGCUAUCGACGUUCACUGUCUCAUGGAUUCUCAGAAGGCAGUCUUCAGCGCCAGGAAGUUAUAGUUAAGGGCUAUGUCGACUUGUUGGUUCAACGGCUGCAUGGACUUGCCGAGUCCGGUAGUGUCACUGUUGACAUGACAUGCUGGUAUAACUAUACCACAUUCGAUAUUAUCGGUGAUCUCGCAUUUGGAGAAUCGUUCGGGUGCCUCCAAAAUUCGCAGUAUCAUUUUUGGGUUUCGGUCAUUUUCAGUCAUUUCCGCACGGCCGCUUGGGCGAACGUUCUUCGGCGUGUCCCCGCUGGGAACUUCCUAAUGAAAUGGAUCGUUCCAAAAGAGGUCCGAGAGCAAAAGAAACAUCAGAAUAGUAUGACAAAGGAGAAAGUAAAGGUGCGCAUGGCUAAUGGGGACAACGGACGCCCGGACUUCCUCAGUAACGUGCUCAAGCAACCUCUUGAGAAGGGAAUGAGCGAAGAUGAGCUUGUCAGCAACUCUUAUGUGCUCAUUAUUGCAGGCUCGGAGACUACUGCCACUUUAUUGUCCGGUGUGACCUAUUACAUACUCACUGUUCCUGGUGUUCUUGACAAACUCAAAGCAGAGAUCCGAGGUGGAUUCACUUCCGAGGACCAGAUCACCUGGUCUGCUGUUAAUCAGCUAAAUUACACACUCGCUGUUCUGAACGAAAGUCUCCGGAUGUAUCCUCCUGUCCCGUAUGGGUUCCCACGAAUGGUCGAGGGCAAAGGUGAUUUUAUCUGCGGGAGAUGGAUACCUGGAGGAACGGCUGUUGGAGUACCAAUACUAGCAGCUCAUCGUUCUGCAGCAAAUUUCAAGAACCCCGAUGCUUUCAUUCCGGAGAGGUUCAUGGGUGCCUCCGAAUUUGAAUCCGACAAUAGAAAUGCACUGCAAGCUUUCAGCGUGGGGCCACGCAACUGCCUCGGUCGCAAUCUUGCAUACGCGGAGAUGCGAUUGAUCCUGGCCCGGAUGAUCUGGAAUUUUGAUAUGGAAAUUUCUCCCGAUUCUAAGCAAUGGAUCAAGCAGCCCUCAUUUGUUGUUUGGGAGAAAGGUAGUUUGAAUGUGAAGUUGGCCCCGGCACCUCAUACUAUUGGGGUGAAAUAG